AUGGGCUCUGAAGAACCCAAAGAUUAUACCUUACGUACAGUAUGUGCAGAAGCUGUGCAAAAGGUUUUGCAAGAUCGAGUUCAGACAUACUCCCAGAAUACAGAUUACAUCGACCCGCUGAGGUACUUGGAGUGUGGGACUUAUCCUGAAGAUGCUACGACCAAUCAGAAGAAGUCGAUACGCCGUAUGGCUCUCAAUUUCUUCCUAAGUGGAGAAGUCCUAUAUAAGAGAACUCAAGAUUUGGGUCUUCUAAGAUGUGUGGAUGUUGUUGAAGCUGUGAGGCUUAUUGAACAAAUAUACAUAUGUCAAGUGCACGGUGAUUUGAUACGAGUGCCACCUCACAAGCUUAAUGUUAUGAGCUCACCUUGGCCAUUUGUAGCUUGGGGAAUGGAUGUCACUGGUCCUAUAGAGCAAGCCGCUUCUAAUGGACAGAGAUUCAUCUUGGUUGCCAUUGAUUAUUUCACCAAGUGGGUGGAAGCAGCUUCUUAUAAUCACUUGAUGAGAGAGACAUGUGAGCAAUUUAAGGUCACUCAUCGGAAUUCAACUGCUUAUCGUCCCCAAAUGAACGGAGCUGUAGAGGCCACCAACAAGAAUAUUAAAAAGAUUCUGAGGAAAAUGAUCGACAAACAUCAAGGUUGGCAUGAAAUGUUUCUAUACGAUUUACUGGGUUAUCGAACGACGGUCAGAACAUUGACUGGUGCUACUCCAUACUUGCUAGUUUAUGGAACAGAAGCAGUUAUACCUGCUGAAGUUGAGAUACCGUACUUGAGAAUCAUCCAAGAAGCUGAAGUGAGUAACGCUGAAUGGGUUAUCAAACGGAUUGACCAACUAACUUUGAUUGAUGAGAAGAGAAUGCUUGCAGUCUGCCAUGGCCAGUUAUAUAGACAGAGAAUGACUCGUGCCUUUCACAAGAGAGUAAGAGCCAGAAAUUUUGAAGUUGGCCAGUUGGUUCUUAAGCGUAUUUUCCCUCAUCAAGACGAGUACAAAGGAAAGUUUGCACCAAACUGGCAAGGUCCUAACAUGGUUCGUAAAUUAUUAUCUGGAGGUGCUUUGGUCCCGUCAGAGAUGGAUGGCAGUGUAUGGCCUAAACCUAUUAACUCAGAUGCUGUCAAUAGAUACUACACGUGA